CCCGGUCAGAUUGGGCCCGGAGGUCAGUCGGAAGCCUCCGGCUAGUGGCGACAGAGCACCUAAGUCUGGGUAGUGGGCGCUGCAGGGAGUUGGAGAUGUGCAUCUAGAGAGGGAGGGACAGCGACUCUUGGCACCUUCCUCCACCCACCCACCGGGGUCCUCUCCGCCCACCCGGGCCCCACCCACGCUCCCCUGGGGUUGGAAAAGGAGUCUUCUCAGCCGCAGCUUCUGAGCUCUUGGGGUAUCUCACUCAGAGUCGCUUAAAAGUGGGUCCCCAGGGCUCGGAGCCGCUGGGUAUGGGUACCGAGAAUGAAAGCCCAGAACCAGACUGCCAGAAACAGUUCCAGGCCGCAGUCAGUGUCAUUCAGAACCUGCCUAAGAAUGGCUCUUACCGCCCCUCCUAUGAAGAGAUGCUGAGAUUCUACAGCUACUACAAGCAAGCUACCAUGGGACCCUGCCUCGUCCCCCGGCCUGGGUUCUGGGACCCAAUCGGACGAUACAAGUGGGAUGCCUGGAACAGCCUGGGCAAGAUGAGCAGGGAGGAGGCCAUGUCUGCCUACAUCACUGAGAUGAAGCUUGUGGCACAGAAGGUGAUCGACACAGUGCCCCUGGGCGAGGUGGCAGAGAACAUGUUUGCUUACUUCGAGCCCUUGUACCAGGUGAUCCCCGAUAUGCCGAGGCCCCCGGAAACCUUCCUGAGAAGGGUCACAGGUUGGAGAGAGCAGGUACUGAAUGGAGAUGUUGGGGCUGCCCCAGAGCCUCCCUGCCUCCCCAGGGAACCAGCAUCCCCAAGUCCAGAGUCCCAGCCACCUAGGGACCUGGACUCCGAGGUUUUCUGUGAUUCCCUGGAGCAACUGGAACCUGAGCUGCAGGUUUGGACAGAGCAGAAGGGAGCCCCUGGAGGAGAGCCUGACACCAGAAACAGCUCCAUCCUCCCUGCAGAGAAAGCAGAGGGCAGCGCACUGAGGCCCCAGGAAUUGGACACGUGGCUGGUGGGGACAGUUCGGGCACUGCAAGAGAGCAUGCGGGAUGUCCAGGGGAGACUGCGGAGCCUAGAGAGCAUGCCCGGCCUCCCCAAGCAGGUGAGCUGCCCCCAAGGCCCAGGGCGAGGUUGGGGCAGAACGCCAUGGGUCUCUACUCCAGGCCCCUCACGGAGCCACUUCCGUCUUUUUGUCCUGACUCUCCACCUGCCCACAUCUCUGAUUUCUGCAGAGAAUGGUGUGAUUCGUUUAUGUCCCAGGCACGACAGUCGGGGGGGACUGAAGGGAGAGUGGGAAGGGCCCUCCUUUCCUGCUCUUACCCCCCUCUGCUGGAAGAGAAACUGAGCGUGAAGGGCUAAGUCCAACAGUCUGGAAGGCCAGGAUGUGCCUGCUCUUUGCACUGGGGCUGGGGGUCCCUGUUGCCCCUUCGUCAGGACUUCUCUUCCCAGAUUUAGGGUUUGCUCCCAAACAGUUCAGCCCUUGCACCCCUUACUCUCUCCCCUCUCCUAGAUCUGCUUGUCCCUUACACCUGGGCUCCUGAGCUCCUGCAGCAUGGCUCACAGCCACCCUUCCCGGAGCUCCCGCUGAGUGCCAAACACAGAAUUUACAUGAUCUCAUUUAAUCCACACAACGGAUGAACUAGGUUUGCUUUUCGUUUCCCUUUUACAAAGGGGAAACCAAGGCUCUCUGAGGCUAGGUAAUUCAGCCCAGAGGAACCUCACAGAGCUGCUGUGAGGAUUAGAUAAGAUAAUGCCCCCCCACCCCAGGAAGGCCUUCUCCAAUGGGCUCCAUUGUUACUAUUAUUAUUAUCACCAUCCAGUGAUGGAGCUGGGAGUGGCCCCAGGUCUGUCUCCCUCCGAAGCUGGGACUCACCACUGACUCUGAGUGGGUCUGUUCUUGAGAAGCCUGGGGUGAUGGGGCAGGAGACGGCUGAAUUGCUGGAUAUGGGGGAUCGCUUGGGUGGCCCCUGACCCCCUUGACAAUGUGGGUGGCAGGGAUUUCCUCAGAUUCACCUUUCAACGCCCACCCCUUCGAGGCUUUAUUUACUUAUUUAUUUGACCUUUAGCUAAUUUUACAUGCUGAAGAUUUUAAAGACUCCUCCCCGAAAUAGCUGGUUUUCCAUCUCUAAAAAUAAGAACAUUCUACUACCUAGCCCAAAUGACAACAUUUUAGCACCCACAAGUCCUUCAUAUUAUCAAACACCCAAUCCAAACUGAAAUCUCCCCAGUUGUCCUGAAAUCGCCUUUGCCAGCUUCUUUGUCCAGUCAAACCGUGCUGCGUUUGGGUCCUCUGUCCUUUAAGACUCCUUUCAUCCAGACCAGCUCUUCUUCCUUGCUACUUACUUACUGGGACUGAGCCAGUGCAGUGGUCCUGUAGAAUGUUCCUUUUUGGGUCUUUCUGAUUACAUCCUCGUGGCUAGUUUACAUGACCAGAUUAUGUCAGAUGUGAUGUUCUUCACAUCAGGGGACACAUCUGGCUGUCCCACCAUAAAUGAUUCUUACGUGGACCACCAGCAUAGAUGAAGGGGUGACAGUCGGAUCCCAUCACUGUUGGAGUCAGGGAGUGUCCAGCUCCCCCAUUAACCCCACUGGCCACCUGAUUUUUGACAGUUGAUGGAUAAUCCUUGCCUGGAUCAAUAAUUUAUUUGGAAAAAAUGUUGAUUUUUAAUUUCUAUUAUUCCUUUACCAUAUAUUAGGUGUCACUUUUCUGUAGCGUGUCAUCUAGGAGUUCCCUGAAGUACAGUGCCUUAUGGAAAGGCAGAAUAAAGGCUUAAUUCUUUCUCUUUAA